AUGGUCGGUGCCGGGCGGACCCGCUAUUGCACCCCCUCCAGCAUCACUCCCACCAUGAACUGUCGUGCAGAGGUGCUGGAGGUGUCAGUGGAGGGUCGGCAGGUGGAGGAGGCCAUGCUGGCAGUGCUCCACACCGUCCUGCUGCACCGCAGCACCGGCAAGUUCCACUACAAGAAGGAGGGCACCUACUCCAUCGGCACCGUGGGCACCCAGGACGUGGACUGUGACUUCAUCGACUUUGCCUAUGUCCGUGUCUCCUCUGAGGAGCUGGACCGGGCCCUCCGCAAGGCUGUCGGGGAGUUCAAGGACGCGCUGCGCAACUCAGGCAGCGAUGGGAUGGGGCAGAUCUCCCUGGAGUUCUACCAGAAGAAGAAGUCACGCUGGCCCUUCUCAGAUGAGUGCAUCCCCUGGGAGCUUUGGACCAUCAAGGUGAACGUGGUGAACCUGGCUAAUGAGCAGGAGCGGCAGAUCUGCCGGGAGAAGGUAGGCGAGAAGCUCUGUGAGAAGAUCAUCAACAUAGUGGAGGUGAUGAACCGCCAUGAGUACCUGCCCAAGAUGCCCACCCAGUCAGAGGUGGACAACGUCUUUGACACCAGCCUGAAGGACGUGCAGCCCUAUCUGUACAAGAUCUCCUACCAGAUCACGGACUCCCUGGGCACCUCAGUCACCACCACCAUGCGCCGGCUCAUCAAGGACACGCUGGCUCUCUAG